AUGCCGUUUCAAGAUAGCUCUACAACCAAGAUUGAAACCUACACUAACACAAGUUCAUUGACAUUAGAGUGCCUCAGUGCGGGCGAUGAGCAAAUAAUAAUACAACGGGAAAACGAAAUUUUAAACUCGACAGACAGAUCGGCAGUGCUAACUAUAACCUUUAACCCCAUGCUCUGCGAGAACUCUGGGACUUAUGUUUGUCUGAAGACAAACAAAAGACAACAGGUGGAAAAGGAAGUGUUUAAUGUUGGCGUAUCGAGAUGUCAACCACGGGCUUGUGGGUAUGACAGUCUAACCAACACACUGGACAUGUCUCCAGGAGAAACAUCUACCCUAACCCUCUGUGUACUGGUCCCUAACCCUAACGUCACCAUACCCCUAGCCGUCUCGUACCUUGACCAAUGGCUGACCAAUCAACAGUGUGUUUCAGGAAAAUGUUUCCAUUGGUUUCCUGUUAGAAAGUCAUUGUUUAAGUACAACAUUAACUUAACGUUAUCAAACAUCUCUAAAGAGGAUUACGGUAAUUUCACAAUUCGUGUGGGUACAGAUAAUUACACGGAAUAUUUUACGGAGUUUACAGUCAUUGUAAACCAAAAGAUUCCUGUUCGUGUUCAAGACACAAGGGCAGACGAAGUAGAGUUCAUCUGCUUCAGAGACCUCAGCUAUUACAAAAGUCGUAAAAAAAGAUUAAAAAAUGAAAAUGUAAUUGAUUUGUAUGCCGUAUUAAACACACUGCAGAGCUUGGAGAAAGCUUACAUUAGAGAUACCGUCCUUGCUAAAGAGUGCACAGCUACAUGCUCCAAACUUUUAGUUCAGUAUAAAGCAGCUUUCAAACAAGUACACAGUGACUUUUCUACAAUAGAGGAGUUCAUGAAAAAGUAUAGGCUGGAUUGCCCAGCAGCGUUAGAGAGAAUCAAAGAAGACAGGCCUAUUACUAUUAAAGAUGACAAAGGAAAUACAAGUAAAUGUAUAGCAGACCAGUGGCACAUUGUCACUCUUUUUAUCACUGUUAUGGACAAACUGAGGCUAGACAUUAAAGCUAUGGAUGCAAUUCAUCCAGAUCUACGAGAACUUGUAGAAACCAUGACACGUCUCAGCCUCUUACCUCCAGACUUUGAGGGCAAACAGAAAGUGCGUAAAUGGUUGGAAACACUUGUCAACAUGCAGGCUUCAGAGGAAUUAGAUGAGACACAGGUCAGACAGAUGCUAUUUGAUUUAGAAUCUGCUUACAAUGAAUUUAACAGGGUCCUGCAAGAUAAUUAAUUUUCUGCUAUUUAAAGAAUUCUGUUAUAGUAAACACAAUAAUGUCCU